AUGAAACGUCACGCAGUCAAACAUCUCCUCCAGACUGGAUGUAUGAGAAUCAUCCGACGUUCUCCAGCUUCAGGACAAAGAUGUAAAUCUCUCUCUGAGAACAGGUGUGUCUUUACCCGCUUUGAAAGUGUAUUCUUGGAGACGUUUUCACUCGGAAACCGCCUUUUUUUGUACUUCAGGCUGCAGAGCGUCACCUCGCAGAACAACAAGGACGGCGUCGGGUUGGUGGAGUCAAACUGUGAGGGUGAAGAAAAGAAGAAAAGUGGUGAAGAGAGAACUGGAGGUGUGUCCUAUGACUAA